AUGCCCGCCAUGCGCUCCACUGGGGCUGAGUACAGUAUAGUUGUCGACUUCACCGCAAAGAAACUCCAUACAAGGAACAGCGGAUCUGCCAUCCGGUGGGCGAAUGACCUUAGACGCAGCCACGGUGACGGGAGCGUGAAAAUCAUCCGUUCCGAAGGCUCGCAGUCUGCUUUCCCAGUGCAGAAGAAUUUUACGGUAGACAAACCAGCAACCGAAGGUCAGUGCUCGCUUGUGGAGUGCGUCCUUCGCACGAGGGGCUUCGUCCUGAUCGCUUGUCAAGGUGCCACACCGUCCCAGGUGGUUGCAGCAGAGCUACGCAUCAGGCAAUCCCCGAGGAGGUUGCCUUCUUCGGAGGUGUGUUUUGCAGCUUUGGAUUGGGCCGGUCCGAAAGGUGAAAUCCGGGCGGGCAAGACAGGACGGCCACAAUCCAUCGAGGGGAGGGGCCUCGGGAAGAUCAGUGGCAGAUCCACUCAGUGCAAGAUGGAUUUGCCCCCCUCUCUGCCUCCCCAGAUCAAUUUGAGCGUGCGACCUGCUGAUGGGAAAGUGGUAGUGGUGGAGGAAGAGGAGGAGGAUGCUGCUGGCGGGACGGAUUGCGCACUUUACUUCCGUCAGGAACUAGGUGGCAUUAGUCCGCACACUAUUUCCCCCUACAUCUCCUGGCACUGCUGGCACUGGCCGCAGUUCAGCACAAUCGUCGAUAGCGCCAGUGGGCGAGGGCUCGACCCAGCUGUAAGAUUAUCAUCGCCCCUUGGGUAUAAACAUUCUGCUGCCGAUUUACUUCCCACAGCACCUCCUCCUGCUUUGUCGGGUUCCAGUCAACGACUUGACCCGACCCAGAACUUAAAAGGGAACCUGUCAAAACUGGAUUCGGCCAACAUGCCCGCGGCAUCCCACGGAGAUACAACACCCUCGGGAAUUUCCGAUCCAAUGAGUCAAAAGCACCGAUCAUUGACAGUAAGUAGUAACCAGCAUCAGCUGGAUCCCCCAAGUUUCAUCAGCGGCGCGAUCGGAGAAGAUACCAAUCAGCUCGUGCUGAACCAAGGUAAGCAACUAAGGAUCCUGGCCUGUGCCGGAUCUCAUCUACAUCUAUUCCGCCCGCACUACUUUAUAUCACCUGCUUUCCAAAACAGGCAGUUCGACAGAUGCGCCAAGUUCUCGACCCAGUUUAGACUCCUGAUCGGAAGGAGAGAUCCUCCUUUAGGGCCACUAAGUCGCGCACUAAAGUACGGCGCACUAGGUACGGAACAAAAAAGAGCCAAUUGUCUCGCCUCCGGGGUAUUUCCCCCUUCCAUUCAUUUGCCAUCGUCGUCCUCCACGGUUGUAAUGGCUGGCGUGAAUUGCGCGCGCACUUUCGCCUUUGGUUGCUUCUCCAAAUCAUGA